GCGUCGUCCCCACCCCACCUCAUCCACCAAACCUCCCCUUGACUCCGAGCGCCCCGGCCGGCCUUGCUCAUUUUAUAUCAUAAACACGCGCGCUAAUGCAUCGCCACCUUUCGCUUACGUUUCCUUUUGCUAUUCGAUCGUGGCGACAAGCCAUGCAUCUCAUCCAGACAUAUAAUCAUCUCCCAACAACGAGGAGGAGCUACAAGCUAGCUAAGCUACUGAGGCCUUGCUAAGCCCAGCUCAACUGCCUACAUAUACGCAGGUUAGGUAGGUACACCACCGCACACUGCGACUGUGAGCCUGUUGCGUUUAGAUACCUGGGGGGAGCCCAAGAUAGAGGAGGAGAACGAGCUACUGAGCUGGUGUAGAGGAUGACCACCAGCGCUUGCAACGCCACCGGCGCCGCCAAGGUCGUCAGCCUCAGGCUGCAGCACUACCUCGUCAUGGCCGGGGUGGCGGCCGCCGUCUUCGUCGCAUGCCUCAGGUACAUGCCGGCCGCCGCCGGAUACGGCUUGUCCUUGUCGGCGGCGUUGGCUUCCGGGGGCGGCGCGGCAACGCCGACGGAGCCUGGUGGCACCGUCGUCUCUGCAGCCCACGCGGACGGCGAAGGUGGCGGCCGGCCUCCGGCGCAGCCGUCGGUGGUUAUCUUCAACUUCGGGGACUCCAACUCCGACACGGGCGGCAUGGCGGCGGUGAACGGGAUGAACAUCGUGCUGCCGGAGGGCCGCUCCUUCUUCCGCCGCUCCACCGGCAGGAUCUCCGACGGCCGCCUCGUCAUCGACUUCAUCUGCGAGAGCCUGCACACGCCUUACCUGAGCCCGUACCUGAAGGCGCUGGGCGCGGAUUUCAGCAACGGCGUCAACUUCGCCAUCGGCGGCUCCACGGCGACCCCGGGUGGAUCUCCCUUCUCGCUUGACGUGCAGUUCCAUCAGUUCCUCUACUUCAGGGCGCGAUCCAUGGAACUCAUCAACCUAGGUCAGAGGCCCCCAAUCGAUCGCGAAGGAUUCAGAAAGGCCAUUUACACCAUCGACAUCGGGCAAAAUGAUCUGUCUGCUUAUAUGCACCUGCCGUAUGAUCAAGUGCUCGCGAAAAUCCCUGGUGUAGUUGCUCAAAUCAAGUACACUAUCGAGGCUCUGUAUUCGCACGGCGCGCGGAAGUUCUGGAUCCAUGGGAUGGGCGCGCUGGGCUGCCUGCCGCAGAAGCUCGCCAUCCCGCGGGACGACGACUCCGACCUCGACGCCAACGGCUGCCUCAAGACGUACAACGCCGCCGCCAAGCGCUUCAACGAGCUGCUCGGCGACACGUUGGGCCAGCUCCGGCGGCGGAUGGUGGACGCCACGCUCGUCUUCGUCGACAUGUUCGCCAUCAAGUACGACCUGGUGGCCAACCACACCAUGCACGGGAUCGAGCGGCCUCUGAUGGCGUGCUGCGGCUACGGCGGCCCGCCGUACAACUACGACCACUUCAAGGCGUGCAUGUCGGCGGAGAUGCAGCUGUGCGACGUCGGCGCGCGGUUCGUCAGCUGGGACGGCGUGCACCUCACGGAGGCCGCCAACGCCAUCGUCGCCGCCAAGGUGCUCACCGGCGACUACUCCACGCCCAGGGUCACCAUCGCCAGCCUCGUCAACUCCACGCAGGCCCACGACGGCUAGCAACUGGUGCAUUCAUGUACGGCUCGAUCGAUUCCUCACUGGUUCAGUUAAUUUGUUUAUGCUCAAGACGACAGUGAGAAUCAAAUGUGGCCGAGCUGCAGCGAAUUCGUGAAGAGCUGGCUCACUCGAUCAAUUCCUCAUCAGGAGUUCAAAGGAGCAAUAGUUAGCGUGUGACAUGAUUGAUUAUUGACUAGCAAAAGAAAGGCGUGCAGGCCCAAUGCAACCAAGUGGUUUUGUGGGGUUGGGGCGUUACAUACAUCAAACACAUAGCAUGCAUGCAUAUGUGUAAGCUGUACAAUCUUUUGUGCGAUUCACGUGAUUAAGAAACUGAUGGAGUGCAUGUUUAGCAUUUUACCCCUGUA